AUGUACUUCAGCAGCUUUCCCUUUGGGGAAGACAUACCGGGCCACGGCAGGCCCAGGGGGCCGCCUAAGGAACGGAACACAACCAAGUUCUACGAGCUGCUCGAAGUAGAUAAAAAUGCAUCCGUACAAGAUAUAAAGAAGGCAUACCGGAAGUUGGCAAUUAAACACCAUCCAGACAAGGGAGGAGACCCCGAGAAGUUCAAAGAAAUAUCUAGGGCCUACGAAGUGUUGAGUGACCCAGAGAAGAAGAGCAUAUAUGAUGAGCUGGGCGAGGAAGGGCUUGAAGGGGGGGGCGCAGAAACGGACCCCUCAGAUAUUUUUGACUUGUUCUUCGGAGGGAGAAGGCCAGGCAGGCAGCAAAGCAAGAAGAAGGGGGAGGACAUCGUCAGUCCCAUCAAAGUCACUCUUGAACAGAUAUACAACGGGGCCCCUCGUCGCAUGGCAAUCAACAAGGAUGUAAUUUGCAAGGACUGUGAAGGAAGGGGCGGUCCAGCAGAUGCCUUCAUAACUUGCAAGGAGUGCGACGGCUCCGGUGUGAAGGUUAUGAUCCGCCAUCUCGGGCCUAUGAUCCAGCAGACUCAAGGAAUUUGCUCGAGCUGCAAGGGGCAAGGUCGCAGCAUUGAAGCCUCAAAGCGCUGCAAGACUUGUGGCGGGAAGGGAGUUUGCAAGGAGAGGAAGAUCCUCCAGAUCUUUAUCGAGAGAGGCGUAAAGAACCAUCACAAGAUUGUUUUCAGGGGAGAGGCCGACGAGCGUCCCGGGGAGAUACCAGGAGACGUUGUUCUGGAGCACACAAUGUUCAAGCGCCGUGGGAACGACCUGUUCAUGACGAAGAAGAUUACGCUGUACGAAGCCCUCUGCGGAUUUAAGUUCCUUCUGACGCAUUUGGACGGUCGCCAACUGCUUAUACAGGGGAGUCCUGGGGAGGUCGUGAAACCGGACGCCGUCAUGUGCGUCAAGGGGGAGGGCAUGCCCAACCACAAGAAUCCAUUCAUUCACGGGGAGCUUUAUAUCGUCUUCGACGUUGAGUUCCCUCAAAAGGUGCCGGAGUCCUUGUACCCUAAGUUCCGCGAGAUUCUUCCGCAGCCGGAGAGCACUCCCAUGGUUGAUGAGGACGACCCCAAGAUUGAGCACCACGUCUGUGAGAGUGUAACUGCCGAGGAGCUACGGGCUCGACAGCAACAGCAACGAACUCAGGGCUCAGGGGAAGCUUAUGAAGAGGACGAAGAUGAGGGCCAUGCAGGAGGCCCGCAGAGAGUGCAGUGCCGACAACAGUAA